GGGAAUUCAAGCAGAGCUGGACUGCCUGGAGUGAGUGGCAGGGGAGACCUGUGUGACAGCCCCAGAAUGUUGACCAUUACUCUUCUUGCCCUUGUCUGCGCAUCAGCCUCGGCCAAUGCCAUUCAGGCUAGGUCCUCCUCCUACAAUGGAGAGUAUGGAGGUGGUGGAGGUGAGCGAUUCUCCCAUUCUGGUUACCAGCUGGAGGGUCCCAUCACUGCCAUCCGUAUCCGGGUCAACAGAUACUACAUCGUAGGCCUCCAGGUGCGCUAUGGCAAGGUGUGGAGCGACUAUGUGGGUGGCACCCAGGGAGACCUGGAGGAGAUUUUCCUGCACCCCGGGGAGUCAGUGAUCCAGGUGUCUGGCAAGUACAAGUACUACCUGAGGAAGCUCGUCUUCGUGACUGACAAGGGCCGGUACCUGCCUUUUGGGAAAGACACAGGCACGAGUUUCAAUGCUGUCCCCUUGUACCCCAACACCGUGCUACGCUUCAUCAGCGGCCGAUCUGGUGCCCUCAUCAAUGCCAUCGGCCUGCACUGGGACGUCUAUCCCAGUGACUGUGGCAGUUGCUGAACCGCAGCCUUGCCCUGGGCCAGGCACUGCAGUGGGGCUGUGAGAACUACCUUACCACCACCCCACCUACAGGGUUCAAUAAAAAUAAUAAUAAAAGGACGUAGCUGA